CGGAGGUCGGCCCGCGAUCGGCCCAUAAAAACCAAUCGUCGCGCGGGCAAGGAGCAGGAAAGCGAACGCUCUGGAAUAGGGAAUCGCAACUGGAAUAGGAAUUCCGUCCGCGGUUGAGCUUUCUCCGUUGAUUAGGGCACAGAUUAUCGAUACCGGUAAGAAGCUAGCGAGGCGGAGGAGAAGAGGAUUUUCAGCUCAGGAGCUCGACUAUGGUGUGCGAGAAGUGUGAGAAGAAGCUGUCGAAGGUCAUUGUGCCGGACAAGUGGAAGGAAGGGGCCAGCAACACUACCGAGGGCGGUGGCCGGAAAAUCAACGAGAACAAGCUCCUCUCCAAAAAGAAAAGGUGGACUCCUUACGGGAACACCAAAUGCAUCAUCUGCAAGCAGCAAGUACACCAAGACGCCAAGUACUGCCACACUUGUGCCUAUAGCAAAGGGGUAUGCGCGAUGUGCGGGAAACAAGUACUUGACACCAAGGUUUACAAGCAAAGCAAUGUGUAAUGAUAGGCGAGAUCUCUGCUUCCUUUCUUAAUGCUAGUACCUUGAGCACGAUUUCAUUUUCUUGUAUUGAGCCGCUAACCCUUGUAUUUCGAGCUUGCCAGGCUCGUGAUUUAGGCUGUAAAAGUGAAUCGAAAAUGAUAUGUAUUGUGUGUAUAAGAGCUUGGCUUUAGCAUCAUUUUCUGCC